AUGCCCCCAUCAUUGCCAGGGGACUGCGGGCAGCAGCCCCACACUGUGCCCUCCAAGAGCUCCCCUAGGCACGUCCCGAGCCGGGCGCUGGCCGUGCCGCUGGGGCAGCGGGAGCACACCUGGCUGGUGGCAGCAUCGGCGGGGCAAUGGGCCCAGGUACGUGGGCUCUUCCUGGAAGAGCCAGAGCUGGCCCUGCUGAGGGACUUCAUGUCAGGCUUCACGGUCCUCCACUGGCUGGCCAAGCACGCGAGCAGAUGCAACGACCCUUCUGGAAGCAGAGUCCUUGGCAGGCAAGUCCUCUGCACCCCACAGGGCAGGCACCAGCUGCUGGGUGCAGCCACAGCCACCAGCGUUAGUGGGACCGUGGGUCUGGGGUCUCAGACCCCCGUGUGA